AUGACAUUUGCUUGGAUGUUUUGUGCUAGUAUUGGUAUAGUAAUAUCUAGGUUUUAUAAACCAAUAUGGCCGUCAGCAAUGAUUUGUGGAAGAAAGGUUUGGUAUACGAUAAGUGUGUUAAAUAUAGAUAAACUCCAUCCAGUUCUUGGUAUUAUUGUCACCUUUUUAACUAUUGUCAAUAUCUGUAUGGGAACCUGUCGACCAGGAUACGAUUCUAAACACAGACCUAUAUUUAACUGGGCUCAUUGGUGUGUUGGAAUAUUAGAUCAUAUGAUAGCAGGUAAUUAUAUAAAAACUAAAAGUCCUAUGCAAGUUCUACCAUUAAUUAGAAUAAAGAAUAAAUCUCCAAUUUCGAGAUUAUGA